UACCAAGAGGCAGAAAGGAUAUGAUGGCUUUAGUUCUCAGAGUACUUUUAACAGUCACAUUAGUAGUGAUCAUUAUUAUGUCAGGAGCAAAAAUAAGUGAAUCAACAAGAGUUUUCACCAUAAUAAACAAAUGCAAAGAAACAAUUUGGCCCGGAAUUAUACCUGGUGAGCACUUUGAUGGAGGUGGAUUUGAAUUAACAUCAGGCCAAUCUAGUGUUUUCAAUGUCCCGGUCAGUUGGUCCGGUCGGUUAUGGGGUCGAACCGGUUGCAAUUUUGACAAAAAUGGUAAUGGUACUUGCCAAACUGGUAGCUGUGGGAUCACCCUCAAAUGCGGAGUUAACGGAGAAACACCAGCCUCACUUGCUGAAUUUACACUUGCAAAGCCCGAUUUUUACGAUGUUAGCCUUGUCGAUGGAUUCAAUUUACCAAUAACUAUUACACCUAUUAAUGGUACCGGAAAUUGCAGCAAAGCAGGUUGUAAUGGUGACUUAAGAACCACUUGCCCGAAAGAACUCGCCGUUAAAUCGGACGGUAAAGUUAUCAGUUGCCGGAGUGCUUGUGAUGCAUUUAAUACAGAUGAAUAUUGUUGUAAGAAUACGUUUGCGAACCCAGUGACUUGCAAGCCUACUUUCUACUCCAAGAAGUUUAAGGAGGCUUGCCCUACGGCUUAUAGUUAUGCUUUUGAUGAUCCUUCUAGUCUUUUUACAUGCUCGGCGUCUGACUAUGUCAUCACUUUCUGUUCAUCAAGGAACCAAAAGGUGUGCACAUUUCAUGAUCAUAAGCUCAUCUGCAGUGGAUCAAAAGGCUUAAAAUCAUUUGCUAGAAGAUGGUGGGCCAUAAUUUUCUCAUUUUUUGUGAUAAUUAAUCUAUAGAUUAUGUUUUAAGCAGAUUUAAUUUUUGUGCUUUUUUUU